AUGAGACUGUGGACAGAAGAGGACAUGAGACUGUGGACAGAAGAGGACAUGAGACUGUGGACAGAGGACAUGAGACUGUGGACAGAAGAGGACAUGAGACUGUGGACAGAAGAGGACAUGAGACUGUGGACAGAAGAGGACAUGAGUCUGUGGACAGAGGACAUGAGACUGUGGACAGAGGACAUGAGUCUGUGGACAGAGGACAUGAGACUGUGGACAGAAGAGGACAUGAGACUGUGGACAGAGGACAUGAGACUGUGGACAGAAGAGGACAUGAGACUGUGGACAGAAGAGGACAUGAGUCUGUGGACAGAAGAGGACAUGAGACUGUGGACAGAAGAGGACAUGAGACUGUGGACAGAAGAGGACAUGAGACUGUGGACAGAAGAGGACAUGAGACUGUGGACAGAGGACAUGAGACUGUGGACAGAAGAGGACAUGAGACUGUGGACAGAGGACAUGAGACUGUGGACAGAAGAGGACAUGAGUCUGUGGACAGAAGAGGACAUGAGACUGUGGACAGAAGAGGACAUGAGACUGUGGACAGAAGAGGACAUGAGACUGUGGACAGAAGAUGACAUGAGACUGUGGACAGAGGACAUGAGACUGUGGACAGAAGAGGACAUGAGACUGUGGACAGAGGACAUGAGACUGUGGACAGAGGAUAUGAGCCCCCUGCUGGAGGAGUAUGGUAACAGUACUGUCCUCUAUGGAGCCCCUGCUGGAGGAGUAUAG